AAAGAAAGUGCGUGAAAUCUCACAGGCAGGGGGCAUGUGUUAUGUGAUAUGAUAUACGAAAACACCCAAAUUCCCAGUAACCUAACGGUCCUCGCGUUGAAACCCCUCCCUUCGAUUCCCAUUUUCCUUUUUUCUACCUUUCUCUGAUCUCGUGCUUUCAUUGCUCGAUUUGGCACAAUCCUCGGGAAAAUCAGUGUUGGGGAGCGAGAGAAAAAUUGAGCUCGCAUUGAAUGAUUGUUCGGUUGGUCUAGAUUUUGAUUUUGAUUUUGAUUUUGGUGAAUCAAGUUUUGAUGAACCUUUCUUUCCCGGUGUGAAUGAGAUUGGCAGCGCUGCGAAAUGAGCACGCACAGGCAGCAGGUGGCGGUUCGGGACCUCAUCGAGGAAGCCAAGAAGCGGAUUGUGGUUCUGGCCAUAUGCGUCGUCGGAUUAUCCUACCUAAUGUCCUUGACAAGCUCCUCAGUUUGGGUCAACUUGCCUAUGGCUGCCUCCUUGAUUAUCGGCCUUCGUUAUUUAUCUUUAGAUUUUGAUAUGCGGAGAAAAGCUGCAACAUACAGCACCAACUUGUCCUCCGCAAAUACUCUUUCUCAAAAGAAACCUCUUGAACGUCCAAAAAAUGUUGAAAAGUCUGACUGGAGAAGGAAAGUGAAUUCUCCUAUUGUUGAGGAUGCUAUAGAUCACUUUACGAGACAUCUGGUUUCUGAGUGGAUGACAGAUCUCUGGUACUCUCGUUUAACACAUGAUAAAGAAGGUCCAGAGGAACUGGUGAACAUCAUGAAUGGUGUUCUUGGGGAAAUUUCUGAGCGCAUGAGGAAUAUAAAUUUAAUUGAUCUUCUUACAAGGGAUCUUAUUAAUCUUGUUUGCAUUCACUUGGAGCUUUUUCGUGCAAAUCAAGCAAAGAUUGAGAAGAAACAUUCAGGAUUGCUAACAAUUGAACACCGAGAGAUGGAACUAAGACGAAUCCUGGCUAAUGAGAACAAAUUGCACCCUGCUCUUUUUUCAGCUGAAGCUGAGCACAAGGUUUUGCAGCACUUGAUGGAUGGUCUCGUUUCUUUCACAUUCAGGCCUGAAGAUCUGCAGUGCUUUUUCUUCCGUUAUAUGGCCAGGGAGCUUCUUGCUAGUACAGUAAUGCGACCUGUCCUAAACAUGGCUAGUCCUAGGUUUAUCAAUGAAAAAAUUGAAUUCUUAGUCCUUAAAAUGACCAAAGCUAAUAAAGGUCUCCCAGUACAAGGAGCAUCUCAGUCCAAACCAGAUGAGUCUUCGAGGAUUUCAUCUGAUCAUUUUUCAAAAUUCUUAGAUCCUUCUGUCACUGGUGUUGAACUUGUGCAGUUAAAAAAUGCUCAGUCUAGAACUGCUGCCGAUACAUCUGCAACAGAUCAUGUGAAUGGAAAUAAAGAUCCCCUGCUUUCCAUUGAUCCUCGAUCGACCCGCUCAUGGAACGCAUUGCCCCUCAACUCCCAAACUAGUGAUGAAAGAGGUCUUGAACGUCAUCUCUCAGGAGGAGAAUGGGGUGACAUGUUAGAUCUGAUUUCUCGCAGAAAGACUCAAGCCCUUGCCCCAGAACAUUUUGAAAACAUGUGGACAAAAGGGCGAGACUAUAGAAAGAAGGAUGGCGAAAAUCGGGUCAUUGAACAAGUACAACAUGGAUCUGCGGCAGCAAAGUCUGUUAAAGUGGAGAAUUUAAAGGCAACAUCCAAGCCUAAAGAAAAGAACACUAUAACCAAGCUUAAUCACUCUGAGAGUGGCACUGUUCACUCUGGAUUUACUGAUCGUCUAUCUGUAGAAAAAUCAUUUCUCCCUACAGGGCGGAGUAUAACAAAUCGCUCUUCAUUUGUUUCAUAUGACGAAGAUGAUGAGCACAACAAUGUGCGUUUGGAGGAGGUUGACUCGGGGAGCAGUACUUCUUAUACUUCUGAAGAUGAAGAAACUAACAAUGUAACAGGCCUUGAUUCUCCUGUAACUAAAGUGUGGGAUGGUAGAAGCAACAGAAAUCUAUCUAUUUCUCACAUUCAUCACCCACUUGAAAAUUCAGAAGGCCGUAUUGCAAAGAAGACUGGUAAAGGGCAUCUUCACUACCAAAGAUUAGCUAGACCCCCAUCCAGCCAUAAAAGGUCUAGAACAAGCAGUAAGAAGACGCACAUUUGGCAAGAGGUUGAGAGAACAAGCUUCUUGUCUGGUGAUGGACAAGACAUACUUAGUUCUGCAAAAGGACAUGCAAAUGCUGAGGACUCCAGUGAUGAUUCUGAGAUCGAAAACUUCGGUAGAGUUCAGAGUGGAGCAGCCGCUUCUUCAUCUGCGCCCUCGUUUUCUAUACCGGAAAGUCAAAGUUUGACUAUUAGUUCCUUGCAAAAUUCUUUGGCGCUGGAUUCAUUUUUUAAGUUGAGAUGUGAGGUAUUGGGUGCAAAUAUUGUGAAGAGUGGUUCAAAAACGUUUGCCGUUUAUUCAAUAUCUGUUACAGAUGUAAAUAGUAACAGUUGGUCAAUCAAAAGAAGGUUUCGUCACUUUGAGGAGCUUCAUCGGCGUCUAAAAGAGUUUCCAGAGUAUAAUCUUCAUUUGCCACCAAAACAUUUUCUAUCAACAGGUUUAGAUGUACCUGUCAUUCAACAACGGUGUAAAUUGCUUGACAAAUAUUUAAAGAAGGUUAUGCAGCUUCCAACAAUUUCAGGGUCAAUUGAAGUUUGGGACUUUCUCAGUGUUGACUCUCAGACUUAUCUAUUCUCGAAUUCCUUUUCUAUCAUUGAAACUUUAUCAGUUGACCUAGAGGAUAAGCCAUCUGAAAAGAGUAAAAAGCUUCCAAAUUUUCAUGGGCCUAGAACUGACCACUUAUCUCCGACGAGAGAACAUUUAAGCACUGAAACUAAGGAGUCUGCUUUCCCGAUGAAGAAUGAUUUUGUGGCAGAUGGGUUAAGAAAUGGAAAAGGCAUGUCUCAUUCUCCUGUGAAAAUUCUUGGUAAAGAAUUUGGAAAGUCAGUUGACAAUUCUGGCUCAGAUACUAGGCCACAAAACUUUGCAUCUUCCCUUGCAAACUUGAGGACCACUGCAAAAGGAAGAGAUGGUGAUGGUUUGGAAGAGGCAUCUGAGUCGCAUCUUGAUGCUGCAACUGACCCAACACUUCCUACAGAGUGGGUGCCACCAAAUUUAAGUGCCCCCAUACUAGAUUUGGUAGAUGUCAUCUUACAGCUUCAAGAUGGUGGAUGGAUCAGGCGGAAGGCUUUUUGGGUGGCCAAACAGAUAUUACAACUAGGAAUGGGUGAUGCCUUUGAUGAUUGGUUAAUAGAGAAAAUCCAGCUUCUGCGCAAGGGGUCAGUGAUUGCUUCAGGAAUCAGGCGCGUUGAGCAGAUUCUCUGGCCCGAUGGUAUAUUCAUAAGCAAGCACCCAAAGCGACGACCACCACCAUCUACUAACUCAUCUCAGAAUUCACCUCAUGGCAGACAACCUCCAGAGAUAUCUUCACCUAGACUCAGUGACGAGCAACAACAGGAGGCAGUUCGACGUGCAAAGUUUGUAUAUGAGCUAAUGAUAGAUAAUGCACCAGCUGCUAUCGUAGGUCUUGUAGGUCGUAGGGAGUAUGAACAAUGUGCAAAGGAUCUCUAUUUCUUUAUUCAGUCAUCAGUUUGUGUGAAGCAACUCGCUUUUGACCUUCUCGAGCUGCUGCUUUUGUCGGCAUUUCCCGAGCUAGAUUAUCUUUUUAAGGAGUUGCAAGAAGAAAAGCAUAAGUUUGGUGAAUUUAAGGAAAAUUAAUGUAAAGUUAGAGCUUGCUUGAUAUUGUUGACUCUUGUACCUCUUUUUUUUUUUUUUCUUUUUUUUUUUUUUUCAGAUUUGACCACGUUUUUUGUUGGCUCCUGAUUUUGCUUUCAUUCAUAGGUGUGAAUUCUGUAAUUAGCUCCUUUUGAUUUGGCAUCUUUGAGGAAAUUGUAUGUAAAUCAUGAGAUUAGUGCAAAUAUCUCAUUUAUAAAGCUCU